AUGCAACAUUCCGUCUUCCUUCACCGUUGCUAUUUCCCACCGUAUUCCUCCAUCUCGUUGCGACAGGUGUCAGCGAAACCACUCGGGUUACCACUGCUCCAUGCAUCCAGGCCGCAGCAGCAGCAAAGCAGGCCUGUUCAGCGGCAUGUGGUGGUGAGAGCAGCAGCGGACGAGGAAGGCGCCUCAGACGCCGCUGCUACAGCAGCCGCCGCCGCGGGCAUUAAACGAGAAGAGGAGAAGUUUGCGGUGAUCAACACGGGCAAGUGGGAGUGCAAGUCGUGUGGGUACAUCUAUGAUCAAUUCAAGGGCGACCCAGCUUAUCCCAUCGCUCCGGGCGUAUCCCUCAAGGAGCUCCCAGAGGACUGGCUGUGCCCCACGUGUGGGUCGCCACCUUCAUCUUUCGGCAGCCUGAGCAAGGAGUUAGCUGGUUUCGCCCAGAACCAGGCGUACGGGCUGGGAGGCAACUCCCUUACCUCGGCUCAGAAGGGUCUGCUCAUCUGGGGCUCGAUUGGAGUCGCAUUCUUGGGCUUCGUUUCCGGGUACUUCCUGGAAUAG